UUUUCUUUUUGUAUAUGCUACAGACAGUGUUGGACAGUGGUGCAAAAUUCGUUGUGGUUCAAGGGCUACCACCGGUGGGGUGCUGUCCAUUAGCCAAGUUAUUGACUCCCCAAUUUGCCAAGGAUGAAAUGGGUUGUUCAGCAGUUAUCAAUAGAGCGGUGAUGGCCCAUAAUAAGCUCCUCCAGAAGACAUUGGAAGAAUUUCGGAAAAAACAUGGCUCCGAUGUUAUAAUUGCAUAUGCCGAUUAUUUCAACGCAUUCAAAACAAUCAUGGGAAACCUUGCGGGGUUUGGGUUUUCAGAUGGAUCCCAGGCAUGCUGUGGCGCUGGAGGUGGAUAUCUCAACUUUAACUUGCACAAUAUAUGUGGUAUGGCAGGCACCAACACCUACCGCAACCCAGCUGGCCACGUCCACUGGGAUGGGCUUCAUCUCACAGAAGCAAUGCAUCAACAAAUAACUCAUCUCUUACUCCACAAAGGCUUCAGCAAACCAUCUUUUGCUGAUCUACUUCUCAGGUGUAGGGUGGUAGGCCUACGGCUACCUUAA